UAAUGAAUGAGUGUAUGAUUAGUAGGUAGAACAUGAAAAAUUGAAGCUAAAGCAAAAACCCAUGUUCCCUCACAUUCACAUGUCCUCUCUUCCAUACUUUCUAAAAUAAUAAAAAACAAGUAAAUGGAAAUGGCGAAGAAGAAGAUUCCAAACAUCCGAACCAAACCGUUGAACAACCAUAAUGGAAACUGGAGAAAGUGAGUUUAUGGCAGAACAUGCUUGAGUUGACUAAUCAAACUAACCGCAAAAAGACACGCCGUGUUUAUCGCUCGGAUUUUCUUUUGUGAUUCCCCACAUGCUUUUUUCGCUUUCUUUCUUCGUUUUCCCCCCUUUCCACGCCUUAAACGGUGCUUGUCUUGAUUCCCAUUUUUUCAUUGAUUGUAUUGCAUAAUUUGUUUUCAUGACUCACGAAUUUCCUAUAUAUGUCUCCCCCCGCCUUCCCCUUUUUAUUCAUCCCAAAAACAUCCACAACCUUUCUACCUUUUUCUGUUUCUCUCAAGCAGUGUGACUUAAUUGUGAGGGCAAGCAAUUAUGGCCACCCAACGCAUUCCAUUUCUUGCCCUCUCUCUGCUUCUUCUAAUUGCUAUUUCCAAUGUGGCCGAGGCUGCCAGCAGCGGUAAACUUCAACCUUCAGACUGCAAACCGAAAUGUACAUACCGUUGCUCAGCAACUUCGCACAAGAAGCCUUGCAUGUUCUUCUGCCUCAAGUGCUGUGCCAAAUGCCUCUGCGUUCCUCCAGGUACUUAUGGCAACAGGCAGGUCUGCCCUUGCUACAACAACUGGAAGACCCAGGAAGGAAAACCCAAGUGCCCUUGAUCACUUAAUCAAUUUCCUACUCUGUUUUCCAAUCCUAGCUAUAUCUUGAAUAAGCACACAUUUUCAGUGCAAAAUCAGCCAAAUUACCCCUUCAGCCAAUUCAUCAUUUGCUUUGAUGUAAUUCACCCAUUUUCAGCUCACAUGAUGUAACUGUAACUUGAUUUAUUGCUUGGUUCCCAUGAGAAUUAUAACUGACAUGGGACCUCUGUUAUUUGGGAUUGUUCAUUUACAAAUACAAAUAGUAAUGUAAUUUCCUUUCAUUUUAAGAUUGAUUAAUAUUAUUGUUCUUUCAUUUUGGAUUAUGAUAAGAAAAAGAUGCACACAGA